AUGUUUACAAUCAUUAAGCGCCGCCUCUCAUCUCUCUGGAUAUCUUGGAUCCUGUUCAUAAGAUCCAUCCAAAAGAUCCGCAUCGGUUUUUUUACUUUCAUCCACAGGUCUUUUGUGCUACUGACGCAGCGCGACACGUGGCCGUUGACAGACGAGCAGAUUGACCGCAACGUCAACGAAUUCCUCCAAGCUAUCGACGAAGAUGCCCUUCGGUCGUUAGCAUCCGAGCACCACAACAAUCAGACAUGCGAGAUCAAAGCCCGACACCGAGGCAGCUUCAAUACCUGCUUUGUUCUUGAGUUCAGUGACCAAUCCACACGAAUCAUCCGAAUACCCCAUGAACCAGCAGUGCAAGAUGCAUGGGACAAAAUGCGUAGUGAAGUUUCCACGAUGCGGUACCUCCGACACAAGACAACAAUACCCGUUCCCGUCAUAUAUACGUACGGCCGAAGCCAACUUCGUCGAGAUACUUCGGAGCCCCAAUGUUUCAUGAUUCUGGAACACAUCAAAGGUCAAUCGUUAACGAAGACGACACUCAAGGGCAGUUCAGAGCCAUAUCGACGUCAAUUUCUUGAGCAACUCAUCGAUUUGUUCGCCGAGCUUCGGAAACUGCCGUUCACGCAAGGAGGAUCUCUUGUUGAAGGUGACGCCGAAAAUACACUGGAUCUCGUCGGCGCCUUCUCGAUGCGCAAAAGCGAACUCCAUGCCGCCGGUCAUACGGUCUCCCGCAGUCUAAAUGCCACUCCCCAAGAGUUUUUCCAGGACCAACGUUGCCUUCUCCACCAAAUGUGGACGGUGCCUGAGAAACGUCUUGGUUACGAGCAGGCCGAACGACAGGAAUUCGCGCUACAAUUCAUCAGUCAACCAGAGGUCGAAGAACGGCUCGCCAUUCAAUCCUCUGACAAGACGUUCUUCCUAGCUCACCCAGAUCUCCGCUGUCAAAAUAUCCUCGUGGACGGUGAGCUGAACAUUCGUGGCGUCAUCGACUGGGAGUACACAGCAACCGUUCCGCGAUGCGCCUCCAUACCUCCUACGUGGAUUACCGGGAAUGACAAAGGACUCCCUGAUCUGUCGUCAGAGUUCCUCCGCGUUCUUUCCUCUACUAGACAGAAGUCGGAGUAUCAUUCUCAACUGGCGGCUGACUGGGGUUUCCAGGACCCCCUUCGAUGGUCUAUCCUUCAUGUGCUGAUAGACCCGGUAGACCUUGACUUCAUCUUUCAACAGAACAUCCUCCGGAACAUUCCUGCAUUAUGCGGCAUUCCAUCACCCGAUCCUCUACAAAUGCGACGAAACGUGGAUCAGCGCCUAGAGACAUCUCGACACUACACGAAAUACCUUCAAGACAACAGUCUUGACGAAGAAGGGCAUUAUGAAAAGAUGGAACGGUUGCUGAGGAGCUCUCAAGCCAUGAUCAGAGAUUUGGAAGCUGGCCAAUUUUCCCCCCAAGAAUAG